ACGCGCCUCUUGCUCUUGACCUUCGCUGACAUCACGACUCUGCAUCUCACGCGCUCAUACUCACCAGCAUGGACGACGAUAUCAUCGUAGUCGACGACGUACCCGAGCAGCCCACGCCCGGCCCUUCCUACGCGUCCCCACAAAUCAAGCAGGAAGCAUCCUCGAGCGCUGAACACGGGCACACCACACGCAGCCGCACCGGGCAUCUGGGACCCUCCAAGCUUCGUCACUCCCUCAACGAGGAUGACUACACCGACCAGCCGCGCACGCGCUCCGGUCUGCGCAACAAGCAGCAGCCGACGAAGCUGAAGCUGAAGCUCGGCGACAAGACGGCGUCGCAGGCGCCGGGGACGUCGCCAUUUGGGUCGUAUGACCGGGAGCUGGACUCGGAUGAUGAAGAGCUGGCGUUUGAGGAGCAAUUCAUACUGCGAAUGCCGCCGGGGGAGGAUCUGGAGAGGCUGAGGAAGAUGGUACAGGCGAGAGAAAUCGGCAAUGAUGUGUGGUUCAAGUUCAAAGACUCGAGAAGAGGACAGUUCCACAUAGGGAACACCACAUACUCAGCCAAACUCGUUGACCUGCCAUGUAUCAUCGAAUCCCAGAAGACGAUCGACAACAAGCAGAUGUUCAAGGUCGCGGAUAUAUGCCAGAUGCUGCUAGUAGAAGGGCCCCAACCAGACGGCCAGGAGUCUAGCUCCCAGAAAGCCUUCAACAUGGAGGAGUUCAUCUACCCGCACGGGAUCACACCCCCACUGCAUCACGUUCGCAAGCGUCGCUUCAGACAUCGCGUCAAUAGACGGACGAUUGAAAGCGUGGAGCAGGAGGUAGAACGGCUCUUGGAAGAAGACGAGCUUGCCUCCGAGACCAAAUACGAGGUGCUCGAGAACGUCAACCCUGACCUAUCCGACUCCGAGUUUAUCGAGCAAGAUGAACCGCUUGACGCACCUACACCUGCCAUCUCCGACUUCGACGCGCCUACACCAGGCGGUGAGGCCAUGGAGGACCCCGAAGAGCAGCCUGAAGAUGACGACGCCGAAGACACCGGCGAAGGCAUCGACGAAGAACUCGCCGCCGAGCUUGACCUCGCCUUGGGCGACGAAGAUCAGCCGGAGGCCGACGACGACGAAGAUGACGAGGACGACGAAUCCGAAGAAGAAGACGAUGAAGACGAGGACGAGGAAGACUCGCAGGCCAAGAAGCUCCUGAACGAGGAGAUCCGCGACCUCGAGGCGGCGGUGGCGAAGAAGACGAGCGAGGUCGCGAGCUCGGUGAACCCGCUGAUCAGGCGGCGGUUCGAGGAGACGCUGAAGAAGCUGAGCUCGGAUCUGGAGAUGAAGAUGGCGCAGCGGGCGGAGCUGGCGGAGAAGCAGCGGAUGAGGAAGGAGGGGAUUAACCCGAAUGAGCAGCAGCGGGGGCCUGGAGGGGGUGAGGAAGAGGAAGAGGAGGCGGACGAUGGGGAUCUGUUCGGGGACGAUAUGGAGAUGUAGAUGUUUUGCAUGUAUAGGUUGCCAUCUUUACUCUUGUGCAUCGACCCAUUUUGCGAGGCAUGCAAAUAUGCUCUGUGUGACACUCAGUGCAAGCCCCAGGAAUACUU